AUGGCUCCUAAAAAAGAUAAGGGAAAGGGAAAAGAAGAAGAAACACAUAAAGGCGGGGGAGGAACCUUUACUGAAGUUGAGAGAACGUUUUUGGAACUCCAAGUAGCGGAAUGCAAUAGAAAAAUUGCUAGGCUGCGAACUGCAGUAGAUGAAUAUGAGCAACGAAACGACGAACUCCAAAAAGCUUAUGAUAAACUUGACGAAGAUAGAGCUGACAUUAUUGCAUACUUGAAAAAAACAUUGAACCUCAAAAACGACGAGAAUAAUGAAUUAAAAGAAAAAGUAAAAGGCUUAGAGGAGACCAGAGAAAUUGAAACUGCACAAUUCAAAGAGACAGUUACAGAUUUGGAAAGAAAUUUUACGAUAAUGAAAGAUCAAUUGACUUCAGAAAAUAAACUAUUGGCUGGAAAGUUAAAUACAUUGGAAGAGUUCAGAGCAAUUCGUGAUGAUUUGAUGAAGAAAUUUGAUAAACAGGAACAAGCUUUCAAGGACCAGGAAAUGAAAUAUAAAAGAAUAAUUUACGACGCUGAAAAGAAAUUUGUGAUUGGUAAAGAUAAAUUAAAAAAGGAAAUGGAGGGUCGCCUUUUACAACUGGCACAAGACUUCCAAGAUGCUACAGAAUUAAGAAUAGCUGCAUCAACACAUAGAGUUAUAAGAGAAAAUAUAGCGAUAAAUAAUGAACUUGACAGUAUUUUAUCGACACAAGCAAAACUGGCCGAUCAAAAUGAAAAAUAUAAGGAAACUGAACGUGCUGCUAAAGUUGCCAUGGAACUAGCUGAAGAAGAAAGAGAUAAAGCUAUAAAUAAAAACGUCAUACAACUUAAGGUUAUUGAUCAAUUAACUACAGCUUUUCAAGAGAUUAAGAAAGAAAAGGCGUUAUUUGAAAAAAGGAAUUAUGAUUUUGAAAUAUUGCAAGCGAAAAUUCAAAAACUUGUAAAAGAAAACGAAAAUCUCUCAUUGCAGGUCCGUAUAUUAGAACAAAACCUUCAUGCGCGAAUGAGUGACCAAAAUAAAGCUAGAGUAGAGGCUUCAAAAGUAGCAAAAGAAUGUGCUAAAUUUAAGACAAUACUUAAAGAAGCAGCUAUUGCUGUUCAAGCAGCAUUAAAACUCGACAAUUGGGCUACUAAGGAUCCAUCAAGAGAAAUAAUGGACAGGCAGGCAUUAUUAUCUCAACUGCUUGAUAUUAUCACACAAUACCAUGAGAUACAACGAGCUGAAUCGACUGACACACUUGCAUCAUUAGAAAGAGUUUACGAAGAAGGUGAUCUAGGCUUUAUACCAAAACCAAUUCAAAAAAAAUCAGCAACCUCUGCUAUAUCUGUUGUUUCUAAGGUGUCGAUUAAAGAUGAAAAGGGAGUGUCCGAGAUUUCUCUGUCUUCAUCUUCAUUGGGAAGUAUUAAGACAAUACCGAGUAUUAAGUUAGUUCCACCUUCUACUGAGCCUCCGGUAUCUCCUAAGGAUAGUUUACCAUCUUUCGUUACAUCCACAAAGUCUACUAUUAGCAGUGAAGCUGAACCUGAAGAAGUUCCGGAACCUGAAAUGAAUAUUGAACAGCAAUUAGAGGCCAGUAAGUUAGAGAUUCAAAAGUCUAUAUUAAAGGACUUGCAAUAUUCACAAAUGGUUAUGCACUCUCAUGAUAAAAUAUCUAGUGAAAGAAACCUUGGCUCUAAAUCAGUUAUAUUAGAAGAUGUAGAAGAAAAGCCAGAGGGUGAACAUGAAGGAGAUGAAGAAACAAAAGGUGAACGUGAAGAACAUGAGCAUAAGGUUGUUGACGGUGAAAAAGGUCAAGCAGUAGAACUCGCAGCAUGUGAGUGUACCGCUCGUCCGUGGGCGGGAGACUCGUCGAUGGUGGUGGCAGAGAUUGGCGCCAGGUGUAGAUGUGGAUGUGUCUUGCACUUGGCUCCAGCGGCCAGACUGCUCGCGGGAUCAGCCAGGGCUUGUCCUUCGAGGUCGUUCUGGUUGUUACAGGCAGAAGAAGGUCUUUCAGUUCGUUUACGUUUUGAAGCAGUGAAGCUACCCUGCACUGGACAAGCUCUCCUCGCCAGAGAUGGGGACUCUCUUGGAUCUCCGCUACUAGCAUCUUGGGAAGGACCGGAUAGUUCUGCUGUGGCGGAAGAUGUAGAAACCACUACAGAUAGCGGCGGCGUGAUUGAAAUAGCGGGCGGAAGACACAUCCUUGUGGAACUCCGUUCGGGGGACACGAACGAGCGUUGCGCCGGCGGCUUCUUAGCACACGCAUCACAAUCUGAAGCAAUCCACAACACAUCAGCGGCGUACGCGUCUAUAAGCAGUGGGUGGUGGCGCGGCGGCGGCGGCGCGAGGACGGCGGCCGCGACACUCGCGGCAUUCGCUGCACUAGCUGCACUAGCACUUGCUGCCCACUCUGCCCAUAGAACGAGGGCGUACCAACGUGCUGCUGAUAAGGAAUCCCUUACUGAUAGCGAUGCCUGUUCGGCGUCUCUAGAGCUCGGGGGCGCUACCACUGGUUCUCGUAGCACAUUAUUAUCUGAAGUAGUGGGUGGAGGCGUGUGCUUGCGACGGCUGCUCCCGGGUCGUACGAGACACACUCGCUUACGAGACUCUGAUAGAACUUCAGAAAAUGUUGAAACUAGAGAUGAAGAAGACCAUACAGACGCAGAAGCAGACAUCCCAGAUAAUAUAAGCGUGGCGAGUGCUGGCAGUGCUACCAGCCAGGCGACGGUCACUCCAGAGAAUGUGUCUUCAAGUAGCGCGCCCGCCGCCACCGGCUCCGGGACUAUAACGCAUUCGACGUUAAGAAGAUCACAUACAGUGUCUAACACACACGUGCCUCAGGUGACGUCACCCCCACAACCGUCGACAAGCGAGGCGGUUACAGCGGAAAUGCACACUAGCACCACCAGUGUGAGUGAAAGAGACAGCUGCAGUGAGAAGGACCGCGACAGUGUGUGGGAAAAGGACAGAUGUACCAGCCGAGCGUCCUCGUCUGUCUCCGCCGCGACCCUUACUAAUGGCUGGUAUUCCCCAGCUCUCAGUGGCGUAUCUUCGGCCAGGAUCAGAGAUAAUCCCAAGCAUAACAAGGAGACGUGCAACCGACGUCUGCUCCGGUCUGACCUCAGCCUCACAUCCCACCCGGAGAUGGAGAUCGAUUAUUAUGAUUACGAAGUUAAUAAUGCAGGUUCUGUACCAGGUUCAUAUCUCGGCAUGGAUCCGGCGUUCCUCGUGUGGAUACCGCCUAUAGAAGAGGGCGAUAUUAUUGAUGAGAUGGAUAAAAACAAUAUUUAUGAGGAAGUUGUACCAAAGGACCUACGUCCUGACCCAGGCAGCAACACGGAAUCUCCGGAAGAAAAGCCAUCAGCCACUCUCAAACGAUCUAACAAUCGCUCAAACAAAUCAAACGAAUCAAUUAAAUCAAUUAACAAAGUAAUCGAUCGAAGUAACAUAAUACACCCACUUAACUUCAGUAUAAGUGAUCUACAUUCACCAAAACUACCAAAGAGGAAUAAGAAGAAAACAGAAGUAUCGAUACCAAUGAAGGAUUUGACCCUCAAAAUGUCCCCAGUAAAAGUACACAGACGAGAUAAUAGAGACAAUCGAGAAGAUAAUUCAUCGACUCUCAAACGAGUAAACGAUACUAGAGAAAAAGAUGACACGUUAAAAAGAACAACAGAUUUCAAUGAUAUCAAAUUCGCAGACGAUUCAGAAUCGUCCAAUGAUAUCAUAUUUGCUGAUGAUUCUCCCGAUAGUAAUCGGUAUAACGAUAAAUAUGAAGUUAGAGCU